UGAACAGGCAGGGGGAACCCCAAGCCAGAGACAGGAGACCUCCAGACUGGGGCGAGGAAUCGGACGCAAAAGAGGCUCCGGGUCAGGGUGGUGGGAGGCGUGCUGCUGAGAAUAAAGUUGGCAGGGAAGCCGGUGCACCCGCAGUCUCGUGGACCUUGGGAGACACACACUCAGGAUGUUGGUCCCCGCCUUCCUCGUCCUCCUCUUCUGCUUCAAAGGGCGUGCAGGCCCAGCACCCCAUUUCCUUCAGCAGCCAGAGGACGUGGUGGUGCUGCUGGGGGACGAGGCCCGGCUACCCUGUGCCCUGGGCUCAUACUGGGGGCUGGUCCAGUGGACCAAGGACGGGCUGGCUCUGGGAGGCGAAAGGAACCUGCCAGGGUGGUCCCGGUACUGGAUAUCAGGGAAUGCAGCCAGUGGCCAGCACGACCUCCACAUUAGGCCUGUGGAGCUAGAGGAUGAAGCAGUUUAUGAAUGUCAGGCUACACAAGCAGGCCUCCGCUCGAGACCAGCCCGACUGCACGUGCUGGUGCCCCCAGAAGCUCCCCAGGUGCUGGGCGGUCCCUCUGUGUCUCUGGUUGCUGGAGUUCCUGCCAACUUGACCUGUCGGAGCCGUGGAGACGCCCGUCCCACUCCUGAACUGCUGUGGUUCCGGGAUGGGAUCCGGUUGGAUGGGACUGCUUUCCACCAGACCCUGUUGAAGGAAGGGACCACAGGCUCAGUGGAGAGCACCUUAUUCCUGACCCCUUCCAACCAUGACGAUGGAGCCACCUUAGUCUGCCGGGCCCGGAGCCAGGCCCUGCCCACCGGGAGGGACACAGCGAUCACACUGAGCCUGCAGUACCCCCCAGAAGUGAAGCUGUCGCAGACUGGGCAGGAGGGGGAGAAAGUCACUUUUCUGUGCCAGGCCACCGCUCAGCCGCCUGUCACCGGGUACAGGUGGGCCAAGGGGGGCUUCCCGGUGCUGGGGGCCCGCGGGCCAAGGUUGGAGGUGGUGGCAGACUCUUCGUUCCUGACUGAGCCGGUGUCCUGCGAGGUCAGCAACGCCGUGGGUAGCGCCAACCGCAGCACCGCGCUGGAUGUGCUGUUUGGGCCGAUUCUGCAGGCAAAGCCGGAGCCCAAGUCCGUGGAUGUGGGAGAAGACGCCUCCUUCAGCUGUGCCUGGCGCGGGAACCCGCUCCCACGGGUAACCUGGACUCGCCGCGGUGGCGCGCAGGUGCUGAGCUCCGGGCCCACGCUGCGAAUUCCGUCCGUGGGGCCGGAGGAUGCAGGCGACUACGUGUGCAGGGCUGAGCCGGGGCUCUCGGGCCUGGGGGGCGGCGCUGCAGAGGCUAGGUUGACCGUGAACGCUCCUCCAGUAGUGACCGCUCUGCACUCUGCGCCCGCCUUUCUGAGGGGCCCCGCCCGUCUCCAGUGUCUAGUUUUCGCUUCCCCCGCCCCAGAAACCGUGGUCUGGUCUUGGGAUGAGGGCUUCUUGGAGGCAGGGUCGAGAGGCCGGUUCCUGGUGGAGACCUUCCCAGCACCAGAGGGCCACGGGGGACAGGGUCCAGGCCUGAUCUCUGUGCUACACAUUUCUGGGACCCAGGAGUCAGACUUUAGCAGGGGCUUCAACUGCAGUGCCCGGAACCGGCUGGGUGAAGGAGGCACCAGGGUCAGCCUGGGCCGUAGAGACUUGCUGCCCACUGUCCGGAUUGUGGCUGGAGUGGCUGCUGCGGCCACAACUCUCCUCAUGAUCAUCACUGGGGUGGCCCUCUGCUGCUGGCGCCACACCUCUUUCUCUAAGGACAAGAACCUGGUACGAAUCCCAGGCAGCAGCGACGGCUCCAGCUCAAGGGGCCCAGAGGAGGAAACAGGCAGCAGUGAGGACCGGGGCCCUAUUGUGCACACUGACCACGGUGACCUGGUUCUGGAUGAGGAAGGGGCUCUGGAGACCAAGGAUCCAACCAAUGGUUACUACAAGGUCCGAGGAGUCAGUGUGAGCCUGAGCCUUGGUGAAGCCCCUGGAGGGGGCCUCUUCCUGCCACCCCCCUCACCGCUUGGAGCCCCGGGGACGCCUACCUUCUAUGACUUCAGCCCACACCUGGGCAUGGCCCCCCCCUGCAGACUGUAUAGAGCCAGGGCGGGUUACCUCACCACACCCCAUCCUCGAGCCUUUACUAACUACAUCAAGCCCACAUCCUUUGGCCCUCCAGAUCUGGCCCCAGGAACCCCUCCCUUUCCGUAUGCUGCCUUCCCCACACCCAGUCAUCCGCGUCUCCAGACUCAUGUGUGACAUCUCUCCGAAUGAAGUGUCCUGGGAUCAUCGACUUGCCAUAAGGAGUUGUCCUGAUUCCUGAGGAACCAGAACAAGUUGGCGACCUUACACCUCCCACAUGGAACCUUGGGAGGGGAAGAUCAUUACAAUGGCCAGGAUCAUUACCCUAGUCAGCCCAGCUAAAAAGGAUGCCCAGGAUGGCCACUGUGCUCAUGAUUCCCCUGUGUAAAAGAGGGUCAAGAUGGCAGAUAGGCCCUCUGCAGAGGGGUGGGGACAGGGGUGACAGGAGUUAGGGGCAGGAAUGGAAGAUAUUUGCAAGAUGAUCACGUGCAUUGAAAAGAAGGGUAACAGGACAGGUCAAGCCGAAGGGCGGCCAGGUCCCACCCCGUCCUGGCUCUUCCUGAGGGACACUUCCUUGGUCGAUGAAGUGCAGCCAAGGUGGCCAUUCACUUCCUGAGAACCCAAGAUGGCCACCACCUUAAUUCCUCCCAU